AUGAAGGUCAUAUGCGCUGGCUUAAGUAAGACGGGAACCAAGUCCCUGGCUAAAGCUCUCAGGAUUUUAGGCCUCAGGGUCUAUGAUCAUUUGGAGCACAGAAAAUUCCACUACAAACAAUGGGUCGAUCUUUAUGGUGAAGGAAAAUUACCUGAUUUUGGCCAUAUGUACGAAGGAGUUGAUGCCGUUAUCGCUCUUCCAGUGGCGUUUUGGUAUGAAGAAAUUUACGCUGCCUUCCCUAACGCAAAAGUCAUUCUAUCGAUAAGAGAUAAUGAAGAGGUGUGGGUACAAAGCUGGGCAAAGCACAUUGAACACGCUACAACCUAUGGGGGAUAUGGAGCUCUAGGUAGAGUCUUCCUUGACUGGCUUGUACGAGUAUUUGCCCAUAAAGUUCACAUUCUGAUGAAGUCUUUCAUAGAUCCGGCUUGCGUGGCAGCGUUUGGAAGUAUGAAUCCAAAAUCUACUGUUGUAGCCAAGAAGAGGUAUCGUGAACACAACGAGCGAGUGCUAGCAGUCAUCCCAAAAGAAAAGCUGUUGAUUUACAACGUGAAAAAAGGCUGGAAACCUUUAUGCAGGUUCCUUGGUUGCAAUGUUCCCGAUCAGGAGUUUCCAAGCGUUAAUGAAGGACUAUCAUUUGCCAAGGGUCAGGUUUCAACCAGACUUCAACUACUCAAGCGGAAUAUAAUAAUAUUUUUGGGUACCUCAGUUUUAAUAGUUUUGCUUCUUAGUUUUCCCUUCCUAUCUGGUAUUAAGAACUAA